AUGUUCAUCAACAAACCACUAAUCUAUUUUGAUCCAGAUAAAAAGGAGAUAAUGUACGCCGAUUUCAAGGAGAUGGGGUAUGAUGAAUUCAUUGCUCACCUCAACGUGAUUACUAGAAGAAUGUGCAAAGAUGUAUAUUAUUGUCCAGAUGGGCAAACAUUGUGUCAAGGAUUGGCCGCAUUGCAUAACGAAUGUGAUUACCACGAAUUUCAUGAGUGUCUCCAUGAGAAAAAGAAAGUAAAUGUGUAUGUGGACCAUAUGCAUGAACCCCUGUUCGACUGGAUUGAAAUGGAAGAGCCUAAAAUUGAAGAUGAUAUCAACUCCAAAGCAGAUGAAGAUGUUGAUUCAAUGUUAAUAAAUAAAGACUGCUGGGAACACGAGGUGGAUGAUGAGGAUUUUUCAAUGAAAAGGGCAACAACAACUAUUCAGAAUAAAGACAGGUUUUCGAACAAACUUUGUCCAAAUGUUGAAGAGGAAGAAGAUUCUAAUGUUGAGCAACUACCACCUGUAUACCCUGUGCACAAUUCUGAGCAACAAUGGGAUGAAAUGGCACCUGUGUUAGGUAUGAAAUUCACCAAUCCUACUGAACUUAAACAUUGUCGCUGUUAA